UUUAUAUAGGAAAAUAGUUAUACAUUAAUCUGUAUGCUUAACUUAGUUGCACUAUUUAGCAUUAGCAGAAUCGAGGAUAUUGAGCCCCAGGUUUUCAAUUGAUUCUGUGUCUUGAUGUUCAGUGUGGAUUUUUGCUAGGAGCAUAAUAUUUCCAGAACACUAUAGUUCUUGAAUAUGAUAGAAUUGACCAACUUGCUCAUUAACUGCUCUAUGCAUUGGCUUCCUCUAACUGCUGCACAUGCAGUAGUUAUAUCUGGCCACUUCUGGCUCUUUCUUUCGCUCCCUUAGUCUCGGCUGAUGUAUUUUCUGUUUUGUGGUACUGUAUUAAUAGAGUCCAUACUUCAUAAAAUGCAAUGCUUUUGCAUAUACUAACUAUUUCUUUAUCUUCCAGAAGCCUGUUAAGUUAGACAUCUGAUAGGCCUUCUCUCAAAGUAUACACGAGAUGGAAAGGAAUAUGUGCAGACGAGAUUGUUUUGGAAGAGCUUUACUGAAAUAUGCGAUUGGCCAUUCUUUUUGCAUAAGAACAGCGACUAAUCGUGCACCUGAAGCAUCGGUUUCCAAUAUAAAUGUCUUAGUGAAAUCCGGGAGAGCCAGCACUGGUGCUGAAGUCAUUGCUUGUUACAAAUUCUCAAAAGCUAGAUGUGUCUCAUCAUCCCAUUCAAAGGAGUCUUUCUUAAGCAGCCUGAAAUCUUCCUUCAUCCUCUUCAAUCUUCUUGCUCAAUUGACUGAAAUAGUUCAUUGCUUGGUGGUAAGAUGAUGCUUGGAACAGGCAGCUUCUGUUGCAAAGACUUUUCUCACAUCAGAUGCAGUGGUUGUUGACAUCAAGGAACGUGAAGCUGUAGCUGCAGGAAAUCCCAUGGACAACUUGGGUUUUUGCCAUCAUCUCUACAACAUCAUAAUUCUAUUUUGACUCAAAUCAUUAAAUCUCAUUACAGUUGAUUGAUUAAUCUCAUUCUGUUGCAUGUAAUCAGGAUCCGAAUAUUGAUCAUAACAAGGCAAACGUGGCGUUCAAGUUUGUUUAAUAGUCAACAUCACUUAUCAGACAAGAUAUUGCAAAAGAUGAACUUCAAGUCAUUGCACCUUCAUAUCUCUGCAGUAUAAUGAGUUAGCAACUAGCUGAUUUUUUUUUUUCUUAUUUUUCCAAUCAAAUUGUCACAACUAGGGGUGGUAGGCAUGAGGAUUGUAUCAGCAACUUGUUUCAAACAUUAGAGUAUCAAUUAAGAUAAUCUAUAGAAAAUUAUUACUGGGA